AAACAAAAUUAUACUGUAUUUCUUUGUAUCUUCAAACCCCACCCCCUUUCAUCAAUCCCUCGCUCACGAAUCAGAGGGGCGUUGUUACAAAAGCACAAGGAACCUUUCGAUCUCAAUCAAAUCGCUCAAUUGGGAAGGAUAUUCAUUGUUGCUCAAUCGUUUUCAGUUCGAGUUGUUUUGUGGGAUCGCUCACUCGAAUCUUAGGGUUCAGGAGCUAACAAUCGAUUUAAGGCUUAAUUCUGAUAUUAAACAAUGCCUCUCAGGCUCGAUAUCAAGAGGAAGCUUGCUCAAAGAUCAGAAAGAGUAAAAUCAGUGGACCUGCAUCCUACGGAACCAUGGAUCCUCACAAGUUUGUAUUCGGGAACAGUCUGCAUAUGGGAUUACCAGUCUCAGACUAUGGCAAAAUCGUUUGAGGUUACUGAGCUACCAGUCAGAUCAGCAAAGUUCAUAGCACGCAAGCAGUGGGUUGUUGCAGGUGCAGAUGACAUGUAUAUCCGGGUAUACAAUUACAAUACAAUGGAUAAAGUCAAAGUAUACGAGGCACAUACAGAUUAUAUUAGAUGUGUUGCUGUUCACCCCACUCUCCCAUAUGUAUUGUCAUCAUCUGAUGACAUGCUUAUAAAACUUUGGGAUUGGGAAAAGAACUGGCUUUGUACUCAAAUUUUUGAGGGUCAUUCCCAUUAUGUGAUGCAAGUGACAAUCAAUCCAAAAGACACCAACACUUUUGCAAGUGCAUCACUUGAUCGUACCAUAAAGAUUUGGAAUCUUGGCUCACCUGAUCCUAACUUCACACUUGAUGCACAUCUCAAAGGAGUGAAUUGUGUGGAUUAUUUUACUGGGGGCGAUAAACCCUAUCUAAUUACUGGAUCAGAUGAUCACACUGCUAAGGUGUGGGAUUAUCAAACCAAAAGUUGUGUCCAGACUUUAGAAGGUCACACACACAAUGUUUCUGCUGUAUGCUUCCAUCCCGAACUCCCAAUAAUUAUUACAGGUUCUGAGGAUGGUACUGUACGUAUAUGGCACUCCACCACUUAUAGACUAGAGAACACAUUGAAUUAUGGACUUGAAAGGGUCUGGGCUGUUGGGUGCAUGAAAGGUUCACGAAGGGUUGUUAUUGGAUAUGAUGAAGGGACCAUAAUGGUGAAAAUUGGUCGUGAGGAGCCUGUAGUUAGCAUGGAUAAUAGUGGGAAAAUUAUAUGGUCUAAGCAUAAUGAGAUCCAGACUGUUAACAUCAAAAGCGUGGGUGCUGAUCAUGAGGUUUCUGAUGGAGAGAGGUUACCUUUAGGAGUUAAAGAGCUGGGAACAUGUGAUCUCUACCCACAAAGCUUGAGGCACAAUCCAAACGGGAGGUUUGUGGUUGUCUGUGGUGAUGGUGAAUACAUUAUAUAUACAGCUUUAGCUUGGAGAAAUAGAUCCUUUGGUUCUGCUUUGGAAUUUGUUUGGUCAACAGAUGGUGAGUAUGCUGUUAGAGAGAGCACAUCUAAAGUCAAGAUUUUUAACAAAUCUUUCCAGGAAAAGAAGAGUAUCAGGCCGACAUUUUCAGCUGAGCGAAUAUAUGGAGGAUCUUUGCUGGCAAUGUGCUCAAAUGAUUUUAUAUGUUUUUAUGAUUGGUCUGAGUGCAGAUUGAUUCAACGGAUUGAUGUUAAUGUCAAAAACCUAUACUGGGCUGAUAGUGGUGAUUUGGUGGCAAUUUCCAGUGAUUCAUCAUUCUACGUGCUAAAAUAUAAUCGUGAUGUAGUAUCAGCACAUCUGGAUAGUGGAAGACCUGUAGAUGAUCAAGGAAUUGAAGAUUCCUUUGAACUUCUAUUUGAAGUAAAUGAAAAAGUUAGAACUGGAUUAUGGGUUGGAGACUGUUUUAUAUACACUAAUGCUUCAUGGAGACUCAACUAUUGUGUUGGUGGCGAGGUUAACACAAUGUUCCAUUUGGAUCGACCUAUGUAUCUUCUUGGGUAUCUUGCUAAUCAGAGCAGGGUUUAUCUCAUUGACAAAGAAUUCAAUGUCGUUGGAUACACUUUGCUUCUGACGUUAAUCGAGUACAAGACACUUGUGAUGCGUGGAGACAUAGAGCGAGCUAAUGGAGUUUUACCCUCAAUCCCAAAGGAGCAUUAUAAUAGUGUUGCUCACUUUCUGGAGUCACGGGGCAUGGUUGAAGAGGCUUUGGAAGUUGCUACAGAUCCUGAUUAUAGAUUUGAGUUGGCUAUUCAGCUUGGUAAACUUGAUAUUGCUAAGGACAUUGCACUAGUAGCAGAGAGCGAGUCAAAAUGGAAGCAAUUGGGUGAAUUAGCCAUGUCUGCUGGAUUGUUGGACAUGGCAGAGGAUUGUUUGAAACAUGCAAACGAUUUGAGUGGUUUAUUACUUCUUUACUCUUCCUUAGGAGAUGCUGAAGAGAUAUCAAAACUUGCAUCUCUUGCUAAAGAAAACGGAAAAAACAACGUUGCAUUUGCUUGUCUCUUUAUGUUGGGCAAAUUAGAAGACUGUUUACAGCUGUUAAUUGACAGCAAUCGGAUACCUGAAGCUGCUCUAAUGGCACGAUCUUAUCUUCCCAGCAAGGUUUCAGAGAUAGUCGCCCUUUGGAGAAAAGACCUUAACAAGGUUAACCAGAAAGCUGCAGAAUCUUUAGCGGAUCCUCAAGAGUACCCGAAUAUGUUUGAGGACUGGCAAAUUGCACUUGAGGUCGAACAAAAGGCUGCAGAGACAAGGGGUAGUUAUCUUCCAGCAGCGGAGUAUGUGAAGUAUGUUGAUAGAUCACAUAUGAAUCUAGUGGAGACUUUUAAAAACAUGCAAUUGGAUGUUGAUGAACCCAUGGAAAAUGGAGGCUUAGAUCAUGAGAAUGGAACGGAGGAUGAAUUUGUUGAUGGUGAAGAAGGUGGUGUGGGCAUGGAUAAUGAUUCUACAGAUGGUGCUGUACUUGUUAAUGGAAACGAUGCUGACCAAGACCAAGACCAAGACAAACAGUGUGGGAAUUCAGAAACAACCAACAGUCAUAUAGUAUUUUUUGUUUCAUCUAAAUGUAGUGUGCUUCUUGUCUGGAAGCUCCACAUCGGACCACUUUCAAGAAUAAAAUUAUUUUAUCAUCAGUCUGUGAAUAGCUCUGUUGGAUUUGAAUAUUCUGUGAUGGGAGACACAGAAAACACACUUCCACCUUCCAAGAAAAGAGCUGCUGGAAGAGAAUUAUCAAGAGAUAACCCUGGUCUUGAUGAUGAAGAAGAUGAUAUUCUUGAUCAAGAACCAGGCACAUUCAAGAAAGCUAGUGAAGAAGUACUAGCCAAUAGAAGAAUUGUAAAAGUCCGCAGGAAAACACCAUCUGCACCUUCAUCUAAUCCUUUUGCAUCAAUCCAAUUAAUACCCCCUACAGAUCCCACUCCUGUUACACUCACUAAUGUUGAAGAAACUGAAAAAACAGCUUCAGAAGUGGUGGAAAUAGAAUCUCAAGAUAAUGCAAAAAAAGAAACUGAAAAAAUAGCUUCAGAAGUGGUGGAAAUAGAAUCUCAAGAUAAUGCAAAAAAAGAAACUGAAAGUCAAGAAGAUGGUGGUGAUCAACAACCUGAAAUCCAAAAAGAGGAGGCUGAAUGUGAGGCGAAAAAAGAGACUGAAAGCAAAAAAGUUGAAAACGAUGAAAAAAGCAACAGCUUUAGCUCAUUCCAACACCUUUCAAGUGGUCAAAAUGCUUUCACUGGACUUGUAGGAACAGGGUUUUCAAGCUCAUCAUUUUCAUUUGGCUCAAUUACAAAAAGUGAGAAUCCGAGUUUCCCUUCUUUUGGCACCAAUGGAAUUGAGAAAACCGAGGGAAACAAAUCGAUGCAAGAAGUCCAUGUGGAAACAGGUGAGGAGAAUGAAAGAGCUGUUUUCACAGCAGAUUCUGUGCUGUUUGAGUUUCUUGAUGGAGGGUGGAAAGAACGUGGGAAAGGGGAAUUGAAAGUGAAUGUUUCAAGAAGUGGAAUUGGGAAAGCCAGACUUGUGAUGAGAGCUAGAGGGAAUUACAGAUUGAUAUUGAAUGCGAGUAUCUUUCCUGAUAUGAAACUCACAAAUAUGGAGAAGAGAGGGAUCACAUUUGCUUGUUUGAAUAGUACAGGUGAAGAAGGGAAAGAUAGUCUUUCAACUUUUGCUUUGAAGUUUAAAGAUUCUUCCAUUGUUGAUGAGUUUCGUGCUAUGGUUACACAACACAAAGGCAAUACAGAAUCUACAACAACAGCUGUUUCAUCUUUGAAGACCCCUGAAAAUUCUCCAUGAACAAUGAAUGCCAUUUUGGUCUCUCAGGUAUCUGUUUGCCUUUUUAUCAUAUGAGGUGUUGAAUUAAUCAAACAGAUUUUAGGAGUUAUUCUUCUUUAUGUAAACAUUAUAUCCUAUCAUAUCCUAUUCCUAUCCAAUCUGUUGUGGGCUUUUUGCAUGCUAACACGAGCUUUUCCAAUUCCUAAAUUCAUUCACCAUUAUAUGUUUAAUUGUGUCUGUUAUCUUGUAUUUCCUUGUUUGAAUGUUUUAAACAUAUCUUUUAAUGAAAGUUGAAAUAUCACCCUUGGG